CGAGGGCCGCCGCGCGCUGAAGAGCGCGCGAUGCACGGCGCGUUUCCGAGAGGGCAGUGCGCCUCGCAGCGGUUCCGAGGACGGUCUGUCUAGCUGGUGCUUUGCUCUCGCGGUUGAAUCGACCGCUUGCCGUCACGCGCACCGGAGAACCGCACACAAACAGACGAGACAUGGAGGAGUGCUUGAAUACGCUGAGGAUGGAGAUGGAAAGUCCUGCUCUGGGUAUUCCUGGAGCUGCUGACUUGCUGGGAGGUAACCAUCAGUGGGAUACGACUAACCACACCAGACCUACUUACUGCAAUGUGUGCAAGGAUGCUCUGCACGGUGUCACUUCUCAUGGCUUAAGUUGUGAAGUAUGCAAAUACAAGGUACACAAAAGAUGUUACCUCAAAGCGUUGAAUAACUGCAAAUGGACCACUUUAGCAUCCAUUGGGAAAGACAUCAUCGAGGACCAAGAUGGGAACAUCACAAUGCCGCAUCAGUGGAUGGAGGGAAAUUUGCCAGUGUCCUCCAAAUGUUCUGUCUGCGAAAAGACAUGUGGUUCUGUACUUAGGCUUCAAGAUUGGCGGUGUCUGUGGUGCAGGGCGACGAUACACACGGCGUGCCGACCCGCUAUAAGUAUUAGGUGUCCACUAGGAUCAGUUAAACUCAGUGUAGUGCCUCCUACGGCUUUACAUAGUAUAGGUAGCGACGAAGCUUGGGAAGCUGUCAGACCUACAGGAUGCAGUCCACUUCUAGUAUUUGUAAAUAGUAAAUCUGGUGACAAUCAAGGUUUCAAAUUUCUUAGAAGAUUUAAGCAGAUAUUGAAUCCGGCACAAGUGUUCGAUCUCAUGAAAGGCGGCCCAGGACCGGGAUUAAGAUUGUUCCGUCACUUCGAUCCGUUCCGGAUUUUAGUGUGCAGUGGAGAUGGAUCCAUAGGAUGGGUGCUUUCGGAAAUUGAUCGGCUUGGAAUGCACAAUCAAUGUCGGGUUGGAGUACUACCCUUAGGAACGGGGAAUGAUCUGUCUCGCGUGCUGGGCUGGGGCUCGUCAUGCGAUGACGACACGCAUUUACCUCAGCUGCUUGAAAGAUACGAAAAGGCGAGCAUAAAAAUGCUGGAUCGCUGGAGCAUCAUGACGUUCGAGCGUGGGAUAUCUCUGUCGUGUCACAGAAUGACUCUCCAUCGAUCCGACUCGAUUCUAAAAGCACACCAGUACGAGGAUAGUGUUCUUGCUCACAUAACAAACAUUUUGCAGUCCGAUCAGGAGAGCGUAGUUAUAUGCAGUGCCAAAGUUUUAUGUGAAACGAUAAAAGAUUUCGCGACGCACAUACUAGACGCGAGUCUAAACACAGGGGACCAACAGCUAGGAGAAAAGUGCGAAGUACUUCAGCAGAAGCUCGACCUAUUAUUAGAGAUAUUAUUGUCUAAGGAAGAGAAGAGGAAGAAUGAAGAGAGCUGUCUAGCCGCGAACGCGGCGGACAAAACCGUUGACGUUGACGCUUUAAAAACUGAAACAUUAAGCAAUAUUCAAGAAGCAGUGGAGAAGCCGGAGAAAGAAUUGACGAAUUUACAAAGUCUCAAUAGAAGGAAGUCUUACGUCGAACGAGAUACUGUGAUAUCAAGAGCAAAUAGUUUAAAAAGAGCCUUUAAAAGAUUGGUGGAACACAGGGACUCACUUGUCGACGAGCAAAAUCCUUUGGACGAGAAACAAGACGUCAAGACGUCAAACAUCCAUCAUAUAUCUAUCAUGUCCGAUGAUACCCCGAUAAAUAAUAUGACAAAUCGAGUUGACAACAUUAAUUUAAUGCCACCUGCAGAACCCGGUAGUAAUAUCGAGAUUUCACCUUGCCCAAGUCCCAUCUCCAACGUGGUAUUUUCAAUCCCAGUGCCGGAUAUAAGGAGGGACUCGCAACCCGAGGAACUGCUGACCCUCCCUGCACCCGACGGUUUUGCCGACAGCAGGCGAAACAGCGAAAACAUUCCACAGGGGAUUUUUGAAACGUCUGUAGCACAAAGUAACACCGAGAACCAGCAAGAAGUAUUAGUAAUUUCCAACGAGGAUUUCCCAUCGCCGGAAUCUGCGCAGGUAGAAGGAGCUCCCUCCGACACCCCGAUAACUCAGAUUAGCGUUAUCAUUGAACCGCCGAGUCCGUCGUUGUCUAUCGAAAGCCAUCAGAAACUUAAUUUAAACUAUAAAUUGGAUCAUGUGUAUAAUCCGUACGACGCCAGAUGGUUGAAUCCAAACCUGGAUCCGCACGACAAGCUAUAUUGUAAGAGCAGUAGUACAGAGAGACUGAGCGUGGAACUGCCCGAACCGGGCUUCUCGCCGCAAGCGACGCGACGUAUCAGCAGCGGCAGUUUGCUGAAGGCGUCGGAGGUUGUGUCGCUGGCCAGUGCUGCACGCGCGGAUAGUUCGAACAUAAAUUUUCGCAGUGAAAGGGCAAAAUCUAUCGACAAGACGGAGGGUGUAAAAAAGCUGCCGAUAAUAAAUCCUCUUGUUCGAUUGCCUAUGUGGCCAAAUGUAAGUGGCGGAGCCGGUCUCAUCUCCCAAGCGUUGCUGGCGAAUGCGGAUACUCUGUGUGCAGCAGUGUCACCGUUAAUGGACCCGGACGAGUCGUCGAUGGAAGGUUACACAGAACGGUGCGUAAUGAACAAUUAUUUCGGAAUUGGCAUAGACGCGAAAAUCACUCUGGAGUUUCACAAUAAGAGGGAGGAGCAUCCUGAAAAGUUUCGGUCGCGCGCUAAGAAUUACAUGUGGUACGGCGUCUUGGGGUCGAAAGAGUGGCUGCAGAAGAGCUACAAGAAUCUCGAGCAGAGAGUUCAAUUGGAGUGCGACGGCCAGAGGAUACCGUUGCCCUCCUUGCAGGGGAUCGUCGUAUUGAACAUACCAAGUUUUAUGGGCGGCACGAACUUCUGGGGUAGGACGAAAGAGGGAGAUAUAUUUUUAGAACCGUCGUUCGACGAUCGCGUAUUAGAGGUGGUCGCGGUGUUCGGUCCUGCCCAGAUGGCCGCCUCGCGAGUCAUUAACUUGCAGCAUCACAGAAUAGCUCAGUGCCAGACGGUUCAGAUUACGAUCUUGGGGGAGGAGGGUGUCCCUGUGCAGGUGGACGGUGAAGCCUGGGUUCAAACCCCGGGCAUUAUAAGGAUUGUUCACAAGAAUCGCAUGCAGAUGCUUUAUAGAAAUAGGGCGCUUGAGACCUCGCUGAGAGCAUGGGAGGAAAAGCAACGCAAUACGAUAAGUGCCGUAACACAAUCUACUUCUACUCUAAGCAAUACGUCACAAUCACAAUCUAGAGCACAAUUGCAAGCGUGUAGUAAAUCGCCUCAAUUAAACGACGAGGAACUUAACAUUUUAUUCAGUUUUAUCGAAGCCGUAACGACCUUGGUGAAGUGGGUAAAAUUGCUGAUUAUAUCGGAUCCAAGCCUAGAAAUCGAUCUGUAUCAAGUCGCUUCGCGAACGGCGAACGCGCUUGAGCAAGUACAUCCGGACGGUAAAAUCUUGCAAGGGAUGAGCUUGAGACCGAUGGUGACGGAGUUGGUAUCAAGUGCACGACAACUGUAUGAAGAAUCUUGCGAGUUGCUGCGUGACAAAGCCCACAAUUUGAAACUACGAGACAAUUUGGAAAACAAAUUGUCCAUGUCGCUGGCUAGCAUGGAACAGGAAUUACGAAAGUGUACCUUCGACGAAGGAGGUACAGGGCUAGUUUACUUGCAGAACGUACCCACGGACGAUCAGGGAGAUAAAAAAAAUCGUCAUCGAGGCUUAUUCUGGUUAAAGUUUCGUCGCCCCGCCGGCCACGCGGGUGUGGGCCACGCGAUGCGAGAUCAGAUCGCCACGUGGAGUGUGCAGGAGGUGUGCACCUGGUUAGAGAAUCUGCAGCUGGAAGAGUACGCUGAGAAAUUCGCGUCUCACGACAUACGCGGUAGAGAGUUGUUAGCGCUGACCCGCCGCGAUUUGAAAGAGCUGGGCAUCACCAAGGUGGGACACGUUAAACGCAUCUUGCAAGCCAUCGAUGAUCUCAACCAUUGAAUUACGUGUCGCGCGUUUACAUAAGGAAUUAAGUUAAAUACCUCCGGCGUGAGAAGAGUAGAAUAUUUUCUUCCUGUCUUGCGGAUUUAUCUUGAGCACCUUGUUUGUGCAAAACUUUUCGCUCGUUUUUCUUAAAUAAAAUUAAUCUUCACUUUCUAAUCUCUAUAAUAAAUUAUGGAUCUAUUUUCAUAGUUUGUAGCGGGCUUUCUGUAAUAAUUAAUUAUUAUAUAAUCGAGUAAUUAUCUAGAAAUACAUACGUGUACCUGUGUCAUUAUUUGCACAAUGCUACAUCGGCAUAAUAAUCAAAUAUUAUUGCUCAUAUUGUUAAUAUAAGAGAUGCAGUUUUAUCUUUUUCUGAUAGCGCCUCGUUUCAUUAUGUAAUUAAGAAAUUUAAAAAAAAUCUCGAUAAAUAUGACGAAAAAUAUUUCUAUUGUAAUUUUAGUAUUAUUAGAAUAUUAUCACGCGCAUGUCAGUCAUUCCCUUACAUAGUAUAUUUUUAGAUUAUAGUUAAAGACAUAAUUCUCUUCUCUGUGUGUGUGUGUGUGUGUGCGUGCGUGCGUGCGUGUGUGUGUGUGUGUGUGUGUGUGUAUGGUGCGUGCGUCUAUGGCGAGUUUGUGCGUGCGUAUGUAUGUAUAAAGUCUAUGUAUAAAGCGUUGGUUAUUGAUUAUAUUUUGUUACUACAUGAAUUUUGUAAUUUAAAUACAAACACACCCGAAUAA